GUCAGUCCACCUCUUUAAAAGGCACUCUGUUCCAGUGACGUUCAAACGAGAUGGAAACCAAGCGGUUCAGCAACUCCAGUUACCGCCGAUCAACUACCGCGCGCCUCCUCGGAGUACCCUCUGGCCAGUCCGGCCCUUCCACCGGCGAUUCGUCCUUCUCCGGUGGUGAUUUCAGUGAGGACGACGUAUUUUGGACGAGCGACUUGGUCGAACCGAACCACCUACCAAAUAACCCUUUCGGCGCUGGCAAGUCCAACGACCAUUUUCGGACACCGGAAAGUCAUGGUAUCCUUGCUACUUUACCGGAUUCCGACCAGAACAUGAUUAUCGAAACCCCUCCGAUGCUGAACCGGAAAACUUCGUUUCCAUCAUCGAUUAGAGCGGUUCCUGCGAUACCUAAGCCCCCGCAUAUUUCUCUAGAAAACAAGCACUCUCAGUCCCUACCAGUUAGAAGGUUUCAUCAAUCAGCUCCGAUGACCAUCCCAGUCCUAUCCAAGGCAAGGAGCAGUUCUCUUGCCCAAGCAGACGACGACGACGAGGAGGCAGAAGAUGAGAUGUUGCCACCGCAUGAGAUCGUGGCACGAGGCUCUCGUCGAUCGCCGAAGACGACGUCUUCCGUGCUGGAAGGCGUUGGAAGGACAUUGAAGGGGAGAGAUCUGCGUCAGGUUCGAAACGCUGUAUGGCGCAAAACAGGUUUUCUUGAUUGAAGUUCCAAUUUUGAGGUUUCGGAUCAUUUUUGGUCAUAUAAUGACAGUAUAUUGGCCAAGUGAGGGAAAUUAAAUUUGCUUUUGGUCUAAUGAGAGCACUUAGCGGAAAUUAUACAGAGUUCUUGAUGUAUCUUUCCUCAAUACAAUUUGGACGAUUGUGAAUUUGAUUUUUGAUGCCGAACCCUCUUUCUUCAUUUUUGCAUGUUGGCAUCUUUGUGUUUGGUGGAUAUUUUCUUAUCGCUAACUUGGAAAUGUGCCAUUCAAACUGUGUCUUGUUUGUCAUUGUUGGUUAAGCAUGACUCUGUUCCGAA